GGAAUAUGAAAACCAGGCCGCAGAAGAACAAGUGAAAACAGAACAACCGACUCAAUAUGGUAAUCCUGUGCAGCAAAUUCCUGGUGCUACGGUACAAGGUCUAUGGAUGGAAAGACCUCGAGUAUUAGAAGGAGUUCCACCAGGGUUGGAGUAUCUGGCUCAGCUAGAUCAAAUAUUAAUUCAUCAGCAAGUAGAGAUGUUUGAAGCAGUUACCGGUAUUGAAACCCGGAACAAAUUUGCAAUUAAGAACAGUCUCGGUCAGCAGUGUUAUUUUGCUUACGAAGAAUCUGAUUUAUGCAUGAGGAUAUGUUGUGGAAGCAUGAGAGGAUUCCAAAUGCAUAUCGUCGACAAUAUGGGAAAGGAAGUUAUUCAUGCUUAUCGCCAAUUUAGAUGCUGCAUUGGUUGUUGUUGGUGCAUUAAAGAUGAAACUUGCGCAUUCAUCGUUCCUGUAGAAUCACCAACAGGAGUUCCGAUUGGAAGAAUCAUUCAACUAUGGUCGUCAUGGAAACCAAGAUUUGCAAUCCAGAACGAACGAAACGAAACUGUGCUGGUCAUUCAGGGUCCCUGCUGCGUCUGUUCUGGACCUUGUUGCCCACAAGAUGUUCCAUUUGAAGUGAUGACAGCUGAUGAAUCUCAGUCUAUUGGGCAACUAGCAAGACAAUAUUCUGGCAUUGCAAAGGAGCUGUUUACCGAUGCCACAAAUUUCGGCAUCAGCUUUCCAAUGGACCUCGAUAUCAAAACAAAAGCACUUCUUCUUUCUGCUACAUUUUUAAUUGACAUGAUGUUUUUCGAGAGAAAUAAUUAACUUAUGAGCCCGAGUUCAACUUAAAUUUUAUUAUUCAAGAAUGUAAUGUCAAAUAUACAAUAUACUGUAUAUAUUUCAAUCUUAAAAACUGUUGAUAUUCCUCGUUAUUCAAUAUUUUAAUUGCAAAAAUUGACAGGGCGUCGCCCUGGUUCUUAUGAUAUAUUUUCAAUGGGAACAAAGGUCAAUUGAAUAACAUGAUGGUCACAGGGUAAAACAGUGAUUGUCGGGGUUCCGCCACUACGGUCCUGCGCUUCCGCAACAUAUAAUAUGUAUAUAUAUUGUUUGCAUAUAAUCAAAUACAUAUUAGACACGACAACACUUUCACGAUCAUUUUGCUUUACCAGUAGUAGUUUUUUUUUUUAUACUUAUUUAUGAUAUAUAUAAUUCAAACAAUAAAAGGUCAACUACUGCGCAGUGGUUCCUCCAGCCUUUGGAAUGUUUCGUUAGGAUUCCGCUCCAACAAAAAGUUAAGAACCAAUGGGUUAAACGUUAAAGUAAUGCCGUUUGGAGACCACGCACGUAUAAAAUAUGUAAUAUGAACGCCGAAGCUACAUAUUGACUUCUUGCCUGGAGAAGCAUCGUGUGCAACUUAGUACGCUUCUUGUCUCGAAAUUUUUAGGUUUACACAAUGCACCCAAAUUUGCAGAUCAACGAAAUAAACCCGAGAGUUGUAUUAAUUUUUUCAAUUAUUUACAAAAUAUAUCAUGGCACCACAUAAUGACAAUAUGCAUGUUAAAGUCUGAUUGUCACUUUUCUAAAUAUCAUCUUGUAGAAGGCGUUGUUAUGCUAUUGUAUCAUAGGGAUUUUAGCUUAGCUUCGGAAGGACGAAUUCGAUAAACUGAAAUAUCACGUCAUUAAUCGCUGUACAAAAUUCUUUAUAUAUAUUCAAAAUACAGACGCGAAUCAAACAAGGUUCAUUAAAAACAAAAAGAAUUUUUCACCACGAACAAUUUGUGGAGUAAAGAUUAGCAUUGUGGUUUAAAUCUUUCUCAGUCACAUCGAUUCAGACCCAAACCAUCAUACGAAAAAGUUAUAAGACAGUAUUUCCCGUGAAUGUAGAUGUAGAAAAAAUCUGGCGACUGAAACGUAUUUCUCUGAAACGUAUAUGAAAUAAAGGUUUUCCACAAAUAAAUAGUAAUGUGAUGUCAAUUUAGCACCAAAUAAGAGAAGAUAAAAUAUUCGACCCAUACCGUAUAUUAGCUUGUGACAAUUUUAACAAAACAGAAAUUAUUUGAAUAGCGAUCGUUAAGCCCAGACGAGCAACGAGAUAUAUAUACGUUGUUGUUUCAGGCCAUCCGCAAACAUUGAUGAUAUCGUCCGAUUCUAAUAAAAAACCUUUUAAUUGUCGUAUAGAA